GUGUGGAUGAUGUAUUUGUGUUCAUCAGCACCUUCAGACAAGCCUCUCAUCUGCAGCAGCCUCGGGAGCGAAUGAUCUACACGAUAAAAACUGCCGGCAGGGCGACAUUCCUCACCUCCUUCACCACCGCAGCUGCCUAUGCUGCUAACACCUUCUCUCAGAUCCCAGCCGUGCAUGACUUUGGCCUCUUCAUGGCCCUCAUUGUCAGCUGCUCCUGGCUUUGGGUGUCUGUCCUGAUGCCAGCAGCUCUGUGUAUCUGGACACAGCAUGUGGAGCCUCACGAACACGCCUGGCUGAACUGCGUGAAGUUGUUUUUGGGCCUGUCAGCGAGCUACAGUCCUUUGUCAGAUGAGGAUGAUGAUGUGGCACUUUUGUCAGUGGAGAUGGAGCCAGGCUCUUGUGACGCAGACGGGGACGCGGCUAUUCUGUCCCUGUCAGUGGAGACAACUUUGUCCUCUUCAGGGCUGCAGCACAUGGGUGUGGUCAGCACCAAACUCCAGUGGGCUCUGAAGCACUUAGUGGCUGAGCCAGCAGUGAAGCAACGAAAAGCUGUUCUAGGUGUGUUCGUCCUGGUUCUGCUUUUAUCUGCGGGCUGCUCUUGCCUCCUCCGGCCCGCCACCCAUGCCCCCCUUCUCUUCCGACCAGACACAAACCUUCAGACUCUGCUGGCGCUGCGCAGCAACCUCAGCGGGCAGGGCAUCUCCUGCCCCAUGUGCUCCGGUGUGUUUAUGGAAAAACCCCACCAGCUGCUCAGCCACGCUUCCUCGUCAGGUUUUAGGUUUUCGACCCAUCAGCACAGCCUCGGUACGACAGCCUCGACCACUUGUCAGAGCCAGCUGAAAUUAAAAACUAACCAGACAGGCCCCUUGCUGACAGUGUUCAUAUCAAAGCUCCGCCAAGGAGGAUCCACAACGAUUUACCGUUUCUCCCUCAAUACCAGCGUCCCAUCCCCGUGGAAAAUGUGCAGCCCGGAGCACGAGGAGGUGUCAUCAUUCCAGGCUUUUAGUCAGCCCUACAACAAUUACACCCGCAGAAUGACAGUGUGUGUUUCCCGUGUGUACCGACCAUACCCCAGCUGGAUGAUCACAUUUGGCUCGUGCGAGCUUCACCAUGGCUGGAGUCCAGAGUUCUCUUUUUAUGUAGCGGCGUCUCCCCAGCAGAACAGCAGGAGGCUGUACUUUGCUCAGUGCCGCCUGAGACCUCAUCCCAGCAGAGUGUGUGUGAAAACGCCUGGCUGCGGCUUCAGCUCGGGGCCUGAUGGACCUUCACAGGGAACCUUUUAUAUCCCUUUUCACAGCAGUGAGCAUGAAAACACCUCUGUCUAUCCCUCAUCUGUUGCCAAAACGAAAGCAUCCAAAACGUCCGGCUUCAACCCGUGCAGCGGCAGCGUCUGUGGCCGGCCAGCUGUGCGCCCUCUGGUCGACACAGGGGCCAUGGUCUUUCUUGUGUUCGGGAUCCUGGGAGUCAACCGAACUGCAAACAAGGAAAACCACGUCAUUGGAGACAUGGGCACCAUCAUACUGGAUCCAGACUUCGAUAUCUUCAAGGAGAUGGGGAAUCUCUGCAAAAUAUGCAAAGCGGUUGGUGCAAACCAGAAACUUGUGAAGCCAGGAGGAGCUCAGUGCUUACCUUCAGGCAACAAGUUGUCUUCAGUUUUGCCUCUGCUUCAUCCUGAGUGCCACUCUCUGCCUGAACCCAACCUGCUCCCGGGGCAGCUGUCCCACGGAGCGGUGGGAAUGCACGGGGGGAAAGUCCGCUGGCUUUCCAUGGCCUUUGAAUCUACCACAUACAAGGGAAAAUCCUCCUUUCAGACCUAUUCUGACUUCCUCCAGUGGGAGAACUUCAUCCAGGAACAACUCGCCAGCUUCCCGCAGACUUCUGCUCUCCAGCGAGGCUUCCAGACCUGCGAGCACUGGAAGCAGAUCUUCAUGGAAAUCAUAGGUGUGGAGAGUGCCCUCUGGAGUCUCCUGCUGUCUCUGGCCAUCUGUGUGGCAGCUGUGUCUGUGUUCACCGCACAUCCUCUGCUGCUGCUGCCGGUGCUCAUAACAAUAAUAGGAGUGAUCUGUCUAGUGGUGGCUGUCAUGUAUUGGCUGGGUUGGGAGAUGGGAGCAGUGGAAGCGAUUUCUCUGUCAAUACUUGUUGGAUCUUCAGUGGAUUACUGUCUGCACCUGGUGGAGGGCUACCUGCUGGCUGGGAAGACCAUUACCUCCUCGCCUGAUCAGAACUUUGAGCCUUCUGCAAAGAGGCAGCGGCGAACUCUGGAGGCGGUGAACCACGUGGGCGUCGCCAUCGUGUCCAGCGCCAUCACCACCGUGAUCUCCACGGUCCCCCUCUUCUUCUGCGUCAUCGUGCCUUUCGCCAAGUUCGGCCAGAUCGUGGCCAUCAACACGGCCGUGUCCAUCGUGUUCACCCUGACCGUGACCUCUGCCCUGUUGGCCUGCAUGGCUCCCCCCGGCUUCGACAGGCACCCCGGCGCCGUGCUGAAGGCCAGCCUGGCCGUGGCGGCGGCCGCGGUGGCGGGAGGGGCUCUGUGCUGGGUGGGGGGACAGCUGGGCGCACUGGCCUGGCGAUCAAUCAGCACGUGAACCCUUCUUGUCCGUCAACUCACACUGAUGUCAGACACUGUUGUAUUUUUUUUCUCUUUGUUGAAGGAGGAGUAUCAGAUCAGGAAGUGGUCUUUAUAGCACAAAGAUGUCAGAAUCAUCUCAAUAAUUUAAAACGGUUCUUUCCAGAGUACAUUUUUUCCCCACUUUGAAACCAGUGGAUUCAAAGCUUUGGAGUGUAAAUCCUCACCUGCUGGAUUAUUGUUGUUUUUUUUUUUAUUUAUUGUGCAACAAUGUGACACAGCUGUGUUGUUUCGUCUUGAUCGAAAGUCACACUUUCAUCAACACACUGUUCUGACAGGACGAAGCACUCUGAUGUUUGUGAUAUACUGUGGGUUUCUCACGAUUUCAUGGUGAUCUUGUUGAAACAUGUUCGUCAGGUGCUUUGCGUUCUCUCGACUGAGCUCUGAAUGUGAUUUUUCUGGCCUUCGCAGGUGAAAACGCAACCUGGGUGUAUUCAGAGUUGCGUGAACAGAAUGUACUGCGUUUUGUUAAAUGUACAACGUGACAUGAAGGUCUCCGUAUGCUGCUCUCACUCACUCUGAACUCAACGUUUGGACGCUGCCGGCACACGUGGACUCACGGACACCGUGAACACCGGCACUUUGCACAAGUUAGACGUCCCUUUUUAGCUGACCGGUUGUUUGGCAGCUACGAGGUCCGGGUUUUUAUAAUCACUACCAAUCGAAGGGAUCCUCUUGUCACCUCCUCAGGUGUGCCCUCGGCCACAUUUAAAAGCGCUCACUGUAACCCUCUCAUGCUCUCAGGCUGUUUAAAGCACCACUCAAACAGCCAUCAGAGGCAGCUCCGCUCUGCCCGCACUGGAGACGAGGGCCAUCUGUCAAACCACAUAACACUAUAAUGGUUAGGGAGAGGGGGGCCAACUCCAUUACGGCAAGGGUGAUGCAUUUCUGUUGUGUGUGUGUGUUGUAAAAGAAAAAUAAAGCAGGUGAAGUAAACCUUUA